GCAAAACAAUUACAUACCAUUUUAAGUACAAAAGAACAACUGGUAUUUACACUUGUCCGUUUGCGCCAUUGCCCAACUAUGGCUGUGCUAUGUGACUGGUUUGGCAUAUCUUGUGCUAGUGGAAGCAAGAUUUUUAUCACAUGGAUACUGUUCCUUGAAAAGGAAUUAAAAUUUUUGAUAAAAUUUGAAACUUUAUCCGAGAUGGAAGGAAUUUCCCGCCCAAAAUGUUAUGAAGAAAUGAAAAACCUUCGGGCAAUAAUUGACUGUACAGAACUCUACAUUGACAAACCUUCAAGGCCGUCAAGCCAGCGAAAUACCUACAGCCAAUACAAGUCAAGAAACACAUUUAAAGUGUUGGUGUCACAAUCCCCGUUAUGUCAUUUUAACUUUGUUUCUAAUGCUUAUUCUGGAUCAAUAAGUGAUAAAGAAAUAGUUCAGAAAUCUGGAUUUCUUGAUUAUUUGGAAGAAGGUGAUAUCGUAAUGGCUGAUAAGGGUUUCAACAUUCAAGACCUUUUAGCUAUCCAAGGUGUUCGUCUUAUAGCCCCACCAAUUAUGAGAAAAGACAAUGUAUCAGCUUGCGCUUCCACAUUAACCCGAAGAAUUGCUACCAAACGAGUUCACAUUGAACGAAUGAUUCGAAAACUUAAGAGUUUUGCAAUCCUGAGAAAAUGUCUUCCUCUAACAUUCAAAGGGUAUAUAAGUUCAAUUGUUAAAGUGGUUUCAUCAUUGGUAAAUUUACAACCACCUAUCAUAAAAACCUAA